UUGUGUAGUGUUUUAGCGUUUGACAAAUUUAUGAAACUUUUAUGAAAGUGGUGUUAUUUUUUCAAUUAUGUCCAUUUUUAAUGAGUUAAUAUUACCGAAAAUCACUGAAAUACCCAAGGCUUAUGUCAAGAGUUUUAACGAUGAUCUUAAGGCAGCAUUUGCGUCUUUUCAAAAAUUCGAAGAGGAGUUUCAAAAUGGGAAGGCCAAAGCGCGAGAGAAAUCUGUCAAAGAUAAAACCCUUUCGACCCUCAAAAGAAUCGACGAGGACGAAGAUGAACCAAAAACAGACGAAGCGAAUUCAAAGUCCAGCUCCGAUAGAAGUUCUACCGAAAGCACUAGUAGUAAGAGAGGAUCUAAGAAACGCAGUAAACAUGAAGUGGACGGCAUGUCGAGUCCUGAACAAGAGAAACGACUAAAGAGAAAUGCAUCUGUUAAAGCUCAGAGCAUCAUUAGUAAACAGAAAACAUUAAAUGAUAGUGUGGAGAUUGUGUCCUAUGAGGUGAACGUGAACUUAACUCAAAAGUUGCGUCGUGAGAAUUCGUUAGAGAAGACGAAAGGCCGUCGGCGCAAGGAUGAUGACAAAGAAAAUGCGGAACCCAUUAUACCUGCUGUGCAGGUAAAAGAAGAGAAGGUAUCAAUCGCUCCAGAGCCCAUGGACAUGGAGUCGCUACCGUUGGAUGUUGAAGUGAAGCAAGAAUUGGAUAAAGAUGAUAUCGCCAUGCCUCCGCCCAGUAUGCCUGUGCCCAAGCAACGUAAAGCAGCACAAAAGGAUAAAGUGGAUGAUACGAGCGAUGAAGAACCAACAAGGAGACGGACCACUCGUACUAAGAAACAGACAGACACACAACCAGCACCAGUAGCGUCAACAAGAUCUACGCGUGCAAGCAACAGAGCGACCAAACAAACGGAGAGUGAAGAUUCAGUUGCAGUAGCAGAAGCUAGACCCAAACGAACCAGGGGGAAGAAGGCGGCCCCAGAAACAUCAACUGACACUGAUAAAGAUAGUCGAAGCACACAAGACAGUGGCAUUGCAUCACCGGCCGAAAAGCCACGACCUAAACGGACGAGGAAAUUGCAGAAAAACAAAAAAGACGAAGAACCACCUAAAGAAGUUGAAACACCGCCAAUCGAAGUGGAAAUUCAACAACCCGUCAUAGUGAAGGAAGAAAGGAUAUCUCAACCGGAAUAUUCUUCACCGUUACUACAGAAAAUUGUUCAUAAAACGAACAAAGUGAACGACAAAACAGUAUUAAUUGAAAGUAGGAAUAUAACAGAGAAUGGUAUUGAUGGGAUUCAAAAUGGCGUUGAAAAUGGGGUUGAAAGUGCUAAAGAUUUGGAAGAAACGCGAGUUAUAUCUAAAGUUAUGGACACAACGGUCGUUUUGCCGAAUGGGGUGUACAAUCAUGCGUCGGUCAGUCCGAAAAAUAAUAGAAAUAUGAAUGAAACAGUAGUUCUAGAAACAUGCAAUCAAACAGUGGUUCUGGAUAAACCAAAAGUGAUGGAUUCUACUGUAGUCAUUGACAAAGGUACAGGAUCAAAAACGAAUUUAACGGAUGACAAUUCACUAUUGACGGACGAUGAAUCCGUUGAGAUGAAAACGCCGCCCAAACAAACGCCUAAAGUGCAACAACCUACUUCAGCAGUGAAAGAGAAAGUUCAACAAUUCGAAGAGAUGGCGUCCAGAGUGACGAGGACAAAAACGCGAGCCAUGAAAAAGCAGGAAGUACAACAAGAGGCAGACACACAAACGCCCCCGGAUAAAGUGUCCAAAGUUAUUUUAUCGGCGGAUAACUUGAACAAAAUGAACAAUAUGAUAUUCAACGGGAAAUCCACUAUUCCGGUAUCGAAUUCAGCGUCAAAAACGCGUGUAAACACGGCAUCAAGUGUAAAUAAAGCGUAUUCUUCGACAUCGAAACUGAGCGGUAUCAACAAAGCGCGGGAAGCUGCCGAGGAAUACAAGAUGGAGGACGCGAGGAGGAAAAAGGAGGCCAUGUUGGAGGCGAAACGGGAGAUGCAAAAGAAAAAGAGAGAAGAGAAGAUGGCCGCCGCGGCGGCAGCGAGAGAAGCGGCGGAGAGAGAGAGGAGAUUGGCAUUGGCCGCUGCUGCGAAAGAGAAACAAGAGAAGCAGUUGCACGCCGAUAUGGGCAAGCUGGAGAAACUGAAAGAGGUGGAGAAGAAAAAACAAGAGCUCGCGCGUAAAGUGCAAGAAACGGAAGAGCGGCGUAAGGCAGAGGAAUUGGCGAGACAGAAGCGGUUAGAGGAAGAGCAGAGAAAGGCGAGGGAGAUGAGGAAGAGGCAGCUGGAGGAGGCUGACAAAAUGAAAAAGGAGGCCGCGUUGAUGGAGCGGGAAAUAGAGAGGAAACAGAGGGAGUUCAUAGAGAAACAGAAGUUGAAACAGAGAAUGGAGGAAGUGAGUGCAAUGAAAACGCCCCGAAAGUAUCCGCCAAUAGAACCAGCUUACAUGCAAGACGGGUUCCAAUACCUCAACUCUGAUGAAGAAGCCGAUCCCGUGGAACGACCAAUGCCCACGUGGGCUUCUAGUAAAGCCCGCUUCCGUCAACUUUCCUACCAGAACCGCAUACCAGUAUGUCACAUUGACAAACUAUUCUCCGUCCGGGAACACACACCAGAUUUACGGGAAAUAUUCCCCAAUAUAGAUAGAUCUCGACUUAAACGAACUUCGUCCGCUGUUUGGAGAUCGCCCGCUAGACUUGCGGCUCUACACGAGUGAGAGUGAUGGUUAUCCACGCUGGUACAAGUCGCUGGCGGCGUUUGUAAAUAUAGUUGUUAAUGUAAUAUGUAAUCUAUUGUCUAUUAUAUGAAGUACUACUGCCUGUUCACUAUAUAUUAUUAUAUUAUGUAACUUUAAAUUAUGUGUUAAUUUAAAGAUAUUUAAACUGUUAAGGAACUUAGAACUUGUCUUGUUCGAGAAGGAAUGAGAAAAAUGGUUUGACUUUGUAAAAUAGAUGGUUGAAUCGAAAAACCAAAGAUAUCUUCAAAAUUAAACUAAUCAUAUGAACAUAAUUCAUAUUGUUUACGUUAUUUUAGCCUGCAUGCGUCUUUUUUUUAAACUAAGAUACCUACAAGUGUUUGCAUCUUUUUUCUAAUUUAAACUACAUAGUAUCAUGUUUUUUCCAUAUCUUUUUCAGUUAUUUCAAAUUGUUUCAGCCAUAUCCAUACUAAUAUUAUUAUAAAUGCGAAAGUAACUCUGUCUGUCUGUCUGUUACUCAAUCACGCCUUAACUACUGA